CCGCAAUUAUAUAAAUCGACGGGUUCUUCGGCGUUGAGCGCGAGGUGAAACCCUGCUUAAACCCUAUUCCUCGCCGCCUCGCUGUUCUCCUCCUCGCUCCUCGGAGUUUGGUGGCGAAAGGAAGCGUCUUGUGUCCUUCUUGUCGGGAUCUUUCUCUGGAUUCUUUGUAGCCGUCUUUUGAGUCGUUGCUAGUCGACGAGGUGCUUGUACGGCGGUUCCUGGAUCCUCUUUCUUCCGCUUAGAUUUGUGGUCGGAAUUGAGCUGAAGCCCUCUGAAUUUAAACUUCACUAGCAGCUUGUACUAAAAAAAGGAGAAAGCAAUCACGUUCUAGCGCAUUUUUAUUCAGUGGGAGAAUUCAGACUGUUUUGAUUCCAAAAUGCCGCUUGGGCAGAGACCAGGAGACAAAAGUGAGUCACGAUAUUGUGGAAUUGAGACGGAAUUCCAUGAUGAUAUGCCUCAGCUGCUCACUUAUAGUCUUUCUGGUGGCUUCGACUUUGUAGUGGCUCCUCUGGUCGACCCUAGCUAUAGGCCUUCCAUCAGAAAUAACAAUGGCGGCGCUACCAUUUUACCUGUUUCAGCAUCUGAUUUGGUUCUUAAUCCUUCUCAGUGGAGCAGUCAUGUUGUUGGUAAAAUUAGUUCUUGGAUUGAUUUAGAUUCAGACAAUGAAGAAGUUCGAUUAGAUUCUGAAAUUACAUUGAAGCAAGAAAUUGCAUGGGCUUCACAUCUAUCGUUGCAGGCUUGCAUUUUACCCGCUCCUAGGAGAGGUUCCUGUGGUAAUUACGCAAGAUGUGUGAAUCAGAUCUUACAAGGAAACAACAUGCAGUUGUGGCUUAGAGUACCAUUGGAAAAAUCUGAGAUCGUGGAUGGAUCUACAGAUGCAGAUUGUGACCUUACUGGUGGAAGAAUGCUUGAUUCAUGGGAAUGCUGGAAUACAUUUAGACUGCUCUGUGAGCAUCAUAGUCAGCUAGGUGUAGCUCUUGAUAUUUUGAGUUCUCUACCAUGUAACAACUCUGUCUGGCGUUGGUUCGGAGAGCCUGUUCGAGCAGCUAUUGUUCAUACCAAUUCCUUCUUGACAAAUGCUAGAGGAUACCCCUGUUUAUCUAAGCGGCAUCAGAAAUUGAUAACAGGAUUUUUUAAUCAUUCUGUUCAGAUAGUAAUUUCUGGAAGCUUACUUCACAAUAUUGCUGGCGAUAGCGGCGAUGAAGUUUUGCCCGCUAUUGAUGAUGAUAGUCCCAUUGAAGCUUUACCUGCCCGGCAUGAAUUGAAGCCUUAUCUGGACUAUGUUGCAUACCUCUACCAAAGAUUGGAUCCGCUCCCUGAGCAAGAGAGGUUUGAGCUUGGUUAUAGGGACUUUUUGCAAUCACCAUUGCAGCCUCUCAUGGAUAAUCUGGAGGCUCAAACUUAUGAGACAUUCGAGAAAGAUGUAGUCAAGUAUAGUCAGUAUCAGAGAGCAAUUUGUAAAGCAUUGAUUAACAGGGUCCCAGAUGAGCAAGCAUCAACAACAAUAACAGUACUAAUGGUUGUAGGAGCUGGACGAGGACCACUUGUAAGAGCGUCUUUGCAGGCUGCAGAAGAAACAGGUCGGAAAUUGAAAGUUUAUGCGGUAGAGAAAAAUCCCAAUGCUGUCAUCACACUCCAUAGCUUGGUAAAACUGGAAGGUUGGGAAGAUGCUGUCACCAUAAUUUCUAGUGACAUGCGUUGUUGGAAUGCCCCAGAAAAAGCUGAUAUAUUGGUGAGUGAGUUACUGGGAUCAUUUGGUGAUAAUGAACUCUCCCCUGAAUGUCUUGAUGGAGCACAGAGGUUCUUGAAACCUGACGGCAUUUCUAUUCCGUCAUCGUAUACAAGUUUUCUACAACCAGUGACAGCAACAAAACUGUAUAACGAUGUGAAGUCCCAUAAAGACCUUGCACAUUUUGAGACUGCAUAUGUUGUAAAACUGCACCGUGUAGCUAGGCUUGCUCCUACUCUGCCUGUAUUUACAUUUGCUCACCCGGAAUACUCCAAUAAAGGCAAUGAAAGGUAUAAGAAGCUUCGAUUUGAGAUACCGUUGGACACUGGAUCUGCUGUGGUGCAUGGUUUUGCUGGUUAUUUUGAUGCAACUCUCUAUAGCGACGUUCAUCUUGGCAUUGAACCAUCCACUCUAACACCUAAUAUGUUUAGCUGGUUCCCCAUAUUCUUUCCUCUUCGAGAACCUCUCUAUGUUCCUAGAGGGUCUACAAUAGAAGUUCACUUUUGGCGGCGCUCUGGUGCUACCAAGGUUUGGUACGAGUGGUGUGUGACUUCACCCUCCACUUCACCGAUUCAUAACAGCAACGGUCGUUCAUACUGGGUCGGACUAUGAGUUCUGCACGCACCACUGUUAUCAUGUUCGACCGUGGGCUGGUUGAAUGCAAAGGAGCAUCCCAACCCCCGAUAUCCUCAAUCUCACAUCUGCAUUUGUGCCUGAAAGGCUGAAACCAAUAUUGGAAGAUCAAAACCAGCAAAACAUUACUGAAAUCUGUUAACAUGAUGUCUAAAAAUCAGAUGUCAAUCAAAUUUUUUCAAAGUAUUUGUUUGUUUUUUUUGCCAGUGCUUCAUUAUGCUAUCAAUGACAUGAGUUUGGAUAGUGAGCAAUCUGCUGAACAUGCUCUUCAAAAAUAGUGGUAAUUGCUUCACCAUUUGUCAGCCUAGCAGUUUAGUGUUUUGUUUAGUUUGGUUGAUGUCUAGUUGAAUUUUCAAUUGAAAUGCUAUGGGUUUGGCACUUUUGUUGCAUUGCAAAAACUAAGAAUUUUAGUUUUUCA